GUGGGAUUCGAAGAUCCUCUUCAAGAAUUGAAGACAAUGGUGCUCGAGGGUGGAGAACAGGUGGUUGCCAUUUCGGCCCUUGGAGGAUGUGGGAAGUCUACCUUGGCCAAAAUGCUCUGCCGUGAUAAAGAAAUUAAAGAUCUGAGAUGCUUUGGCGAGAUUAGUGAGAGAAAAACCACACUCAACACCAUCGCCAGCGUCGGCAGAAGACAGAUGAGAUCGGCGGUGUUCCUGACAAGAGCCAUCGGAAACCGGCGGUGGUGAGCUUGCUGCAGCAAUGGUAUUUUAGCCAUCUCAUCAAAACAAAAGUAAGAGCAUGCCAAAGAUGGGUUUGGUUUUCUAUGUGUGUCGGUUUUGUUUUGUUGUGUUUUGUUUUGUUUUGUUUUUUUUUUUUUUUUUUUUUUGUUAGCUUCAAAAAGAUGCCUACACCAAAGCAAGAAGAGGCUGGAUUGUUGCUGAAGAAAAGACCAAAGAAGAAACUGCUACCGAGGUGAAACUGCCGACACUAGAGAUGGCCGGGUGCGAGGAGGAAUCGUUUGAACGCGGGGUCGAGGUCGCGCUCAAGAGCUGCGUUUUUUGGUGCGAAGAUGGUGAUGUUGUGGUUGUUUACUGUGGCUUCGAGGGUUGGUAAGAGGAGGGCUUGCUCAACGAGCUUGGCGAGCUCGGUGUAAUGGGAGUCGAGGAGGGCGACGAGGACUGAGUUGGAGUUGAUGGGGACUGAGUUGGGAGUUACUUUACUUCUCUCUCUACAACUUUCAGAAGGAGAGAGAGCUAUUAUUGGAGGAGCUUCACAUGUAUUUGAGCCAUACUUCUUCUCAGAAAGAGAGAGCUGGGUGAGCUUGGUGAGACAAGGACUGCGACUCGAAGGAGUUGGGCGUGAAGGUGGUGGACUCGAAGAAAUUUCAAGGCAAAUUCACGGACAAUAUCUUCUUUGUGGCCUUUUCCAAGGCACCUAACCUCAUGGUCAUAACUGAGAGAUUAUUACAACACAACGGUUAUCAAGUUCCCCAGUUUCAAACAGAUGAAGAGGCAAUGAACCAAUUGGAAAGCAUGCUGAAUCGAAUAGGACAACCUAUAUUGCUAGUCUUGGAUGAUGUGUGGUUUGGAUCCGAAUUCCUUGUUGAGAGGUUCAAGUUUCAAAUAUCAGAUUACAAAAUCUUCAUUACAUCAAGAUCUGUAUUUCCAAGAUUUUCUUCAACAUAUAGAUUGACCUUGUUGAAAGAUGAACAAGCCAUGGCUCUUUUCUGUCAUUUAGCAUUUCCACAAGGUGGGAGCUCCUCUUACAUACCAGAUGAUCUUGUUAACAAGAUAGUGAGAGGCUGUGGAGGGUUCCCUUUGGCCCUUGAGGUGGUUGGCAAAUCACUCAAAGGAGAAUCUGAGGUCACCUGGAAGAAUAAGCUGAACCGGUGGUCUGAAGGGCAAUCUAUUUUCUAUUCUGACGCAGCACCAAAUGGAGCCACUGAUAUACUUAAUCGUCUCCAAACCACCUUAGAUGACUUGGAUGUAAAAAUCAAGGAGUGUUACUUGGACCUGGCUUCAUUUCCUGAGGACCAAAGAAUCCCUGCCAUGGCACUUGUGGACAUGUGGGUGGAACUUUACAACCUUGAUGAAGUUAGUGCCUUUGCCAACAUCCAUGAACUGUCUGAUCGGAAUCUCCUCAAUCUUGUACCUACAAGGAAAGAUGCAAGCGAGAUCAAUGGCUACUACAAUGAGCAUUUUGUUACGCAGCAUGAUCUACUUAGAGAGGUAGCUACCCACCAGAUUGACCAAAAUCCCAUACACCGGAGUAGAUUAAUAAUGGACAUCGGUGGCAAUGAUCUUCCCAAGUGGUGGAUUGAACAAGGGCAGCAUCCUAUCCGCCUUGUGUCUAUAUCCACAGGUGAAAUCUCAAACGGGCACAACAUGCAACUAAGUAAAGUUGAAGUUCUACUGCUGAACAUCCAAAUAAGGAACUACACCUUACCUCUGUUGAUGGAGAAAAUGGACCAAUUGAAGGUUUUGAUCGUCACCAACUACGGUUUUUGCUCAGCUGAGAUCAGCAACUUUCCACUACUUGGACAUUUAUCCAGUCUAAGGAGAAUCAGAUUCGAGCAUAUUUCAAUCUCUUCCAUUGCUAAAACCAUGCUACGACUAAAAAAUUUGCAGAAAAUAUCCUUGGUUAUGUGCAAGCUUGAUGACGCUUUUGGGAACUGUACUAUCCAGAUUGCCGAUAUGUUGCCAAAUCUUGUGGAGAUUGUUAUUGACUGUUGCAAUGAUUUAGUGGAAUUUCCAGCAUGGCUCUGCUAUAUCAGCAGCCUUAAGAGGCUUGACAUCACCAACUGUCAUGAGCUCAUUGCACUUCCUGAAGCAUUUGGAAAGCUAGAAAAUUUAGAAGUGCUAAGGCUUCAUGCCUGCACAAAACUUUUGGAGCUGCCCGAGUCAAUUGGAAGACUCCAGAAAUUUAGAUUUCUUGAUUUAUCUGACUGCAUAAGCAUAAGUAAAUUGACUGAACAGAUGGGGGAGUUAUCCAGCCUAAGAAAGCUGAACGUGAGAGGUUGCCGUGGAUUGUCAGAGUUGCCAUCCUCUGUGAAGAAUCUUAGGCAAUUGGAGGAUUUGAUAUGUGAUGAAGAAACUGGUUAUCUCUGGGAGAAUUAUAAGAUUCAUCUCCCCAAUCUGAAGUUUCAUGUGCUUAAAGAAGAUGUCAACCUAGACUGGCUUAAAUGAUAUUCAUUCUUGAUGAGCCUUCACCAAGCUAAAGAUUUUUUAUUCCAAGUGGAAACGUAAACCUGAAAUGGCUCACAAUCUUUGUUGCAGAAGCUAAAAAAAUCAAUGUUCUUUAGAAGAGUUCCUCCUGGGAGAAUGACUUGAGCACUUGAUUAUGCUUUUGUUUUUCGUUCUGAUGCCUAUGUAUAUGAAGCUAUUAACUGUGUUCUGAUGCCUAUGUAUAGGAAGCUAUUAACUGUAUUGUAUUGUGUACAAACACAAUUUCAAAAUUCUUAGAGAAUGAUGUAAUGCUAUGAAUUGAAAUUGUUGAAAGAUCAA